AAUGGGAAGAAGAAGGUAGAGGUCGGUUGGUGUCUCGGGGAUGAGAUCAAGGACGUGAAGGAGCAGGUGGGGCAUCUCCAGUCGGCCAUCGCCGAGGCCGAGGAGAGGGGGGAGAUGGCCCUCAAGGACGCCCGGAUAAAGCUGGAGGAGCUGGAGGCAGCCCUGAGCAAGGACAAGGAGGAGCUGGCCCGGCUGCUGAAGGAGUACCAGGAGCUGCUGAACGUCAAGAUCGCGCUGGACGUGGAGAUCGCCAUGUACAGGAAGUUGCUGGAGGGGGAGGAGAACAGCUCCAUCACUGGCAGGUGCCCACUUUUAGUGAACCUCACCGUGGUCGGCAGGACCACCACCGUGAGCGGAGGCAGAGUCGGCGGGGUGGGAGGAGGAUUCGGCGGCAGCGGGAUCGGAGGAGGAUUCGGAGGCAGCGGCCGGGGAGGAGGAUUCGGCGGCAGCGGGAUAGGGGGAGGAUUCGGCGGCAGCGGGAGGGGAGGAGGGGUGUGCGGCGGCGGAGGCAGCAGCUUCGGCGGCGGCAGCGCGGGCGGCAGCUGCGGGCUGGGCGGAGGGGUGUACGGCGGGGGCUUCUCCUCCGGCAGCGGGAGGAUUUGCGGCUCCGGCGGGGGCUCGUCCUCGGUGCGGAGAUGCGUCACCACCACCUCGGUGAAGUCCUCGGGGGUGCGGUUCUGA